AUGACUGGCAAGACAAUCGUAGUAUUGGGGGGCUCAAUCGGCGGCCUCGGCGUCGCCCACCGACUGCUCAAACACACCCUGCCCAACCAGCCGGACCUCAAGGUCAUCCUUGUGUCCCAGAACAGCCAUUUCUACUGGAACGUGGCCGCCGUCCGAGCCAUCAUCCCCAACAUCCUCCAAGAUGAGGAGCUGCUGCAGCCCAUCGGCCCCGGCCUCGAGCAGUACAACACGGCCGAGCACCCCGCCGCCGCCGAAUUCAUCGUCGGCACGGCCACGUCCAUCGACACCGCAGCCCGCUCCGUGCAGGUCGAGCUGACCACCGCCACCGCCACCACACGCACUGUGGCCUACGACCACCUCGUCAUCGCCACCGGCUCGCGCUCCGUCGUGCCGGGCAUGCCCUGGAAGGCCGGCGACUCGCACGCCGACGCCGUCGCGAGCAUCCACGACACGGCCGCGCGCGUGCAGGCCGCGGCGCACAUUGCCGUCGUCGGCGCCGGCGCCACGGGCGUCGAGGUCUGCGGCGAGAUUCGCUACGAGUUCCCGGACAAGCAGGUCGUCCUGCUGUCCGGCAGCGACGCGCUCGUGGGCGGCGACGCGACGGCGCCGGCCAUGGAGAAGGCGCUGACGUCGAUGGGCGUGGUGGUUCGCAAGGGCGUCCGGGCCCAGGGCACGAAGCAGCUGGCGGACGGCAGGACGCAGGUUGAGUUGUCCAACGGGGAGACCAUGGUCACGGACCUGUACCUGCCGACGGUGGGGCUGGCGCCGAAUUCCGAGUUCGUCCCUGGCGAGCUGCUGGAUGACAAGAAGCUCGUCAAGGCGGACGAGUACAUGCGCGUCACGGGCGUGGAGAAUGUCUGGGCCGCGGGUGAUGUUGUGGGCAAGCCCAGCGCCGGAUACCUCAUGACAGAGGCGCAGGCAACCUGCGUGGCCAAAAACAUCGCUAGUGCCCUAUCCGGGAAAGAGCCAGAACGGCGAGGGUCAAUCAUGGACAUCAUUUUACUCUCCUCGGGCCGAUCUAGCGGCGUUGGACGAUAUCGCUGGAUUCCGUUGCCCUCAAUCACCGUAUGGAUAGCCAAAUCGCGAACGCUUGGUGUCGAAAGAACGCCCAAGUUUGUCGAUGGUUCCAUGUGGUGA